AUGUCAAGCAGUAAAAGCAGCACAGUGAAAGGUCGAGAUGCGGCAUUUGUUGGUCUCAAAGAAAAUCAGUUUGCUAUUCUUGAUGAUGACAAGACAGGGUUGGCAGUAUAUACACUACCAGGAGAAGCUUCACAAGAAACUAAGGAAAAUGAUAAACAUUUUGAAGAAAAUCAACCUACGGAAACUAACAAUUGUUCAAUUCGUGGCCCAACACCAUUUAUGUUUGAAACUGAAGUUGAUCGUAUCUAUUCAACUCCUUUAGAUUCAACUUUAAUGUUUGCUUCUCAUGGGAACCAAAUUGGACUAGUGAAGCUCACACAAGGGUACCGCCUUUCCACUUCAUCUUCCAAUGGUCAUUAUAUAUCAACCAAGGGCGAGGGCAAAAAGUUAAUCAAGUUGAAAGGAAAUGAGAUUGUACUUCAGGAGACAGAAGAGCGGUAUCACAAUAGGACAGAAUUGGAGCCUAACUAA